AGAGUGCUGCGCAUGCGCGUUGAAUGGUAAAAGCAAGGUGGGAAAAUUGGUUCUAUCGCUUUCAACUGUGGAUUAGUAACAAAAUCAUGUGUUUUGAAGAAAAUUAGAACCUCUAUGGACAAUCCCUGGAGACUAGUAACCGCCUCAGCUAAAACUUGAUUCACGUAUGUCCUGAAUUGCUAUACUUCUGCUUCUGUCGUUGCCUUGUUUCGUCUCAAAAGGCAUUGCUAGCAUGAAGAUCGCAGUAGAAGGCUGUUGCCACGGCGAGCUGGACAAGAUCUAUGAGACCAUCGAGUACCUGGAGAAGAAGGAGUCGCUCAAAGUGGAUCUGCUGCUCUGCUGUGGAGACUUCCAGGCGGUGCGGAAUGAGGGAGACUUGAAGUGCAUGGCGGUGCCUGCAAAGUACCGGACGAUGCAGACAUUUUACAAGUAUUACUCUGGAGAGAAGAAGGCUCCAGUUCUCACCAUCUUCAUCGGAGGGAACCAUGAGGCUUCCAACCACCUGCAGGAGCUGCCGUACGGAGGCUGGGUUGCUCCAAACAUUUAUUACCUGGGUUACGCUGGUGUCGUCCGUUAUAAAGGGAUCAGGAUUGGUGGCCUGUCUGGAAUCUAUAAAUCACACGACUACAGAAAGGGUCACCACGAAUUCCCUCCGUAUAAUCCCGAAACGCUCCGGAGUGUGUACCACAUCAGGAAUAUGGAGGUGUUUAAACUGAAACAGAUCCAGAUGCCCAUAGAUAUUUUCAUGAGCCAUGACUGGCCUCGAAGAAUCUACCACUAUGGAAACACGGAGGAUCUGUUGCGGAAGAAGAAGUUCCUGCGGUCGGAAGUGGAGACCAACACACUGGGAAGUCCGGCUGCUGAGGAGCUGCUGGCCCAUCUGCAGCCCAGCUACUGGUUCUCUGCACAUCUCCAUGUAAAGUUUGCUGCUCUCAUGCAGCAUCCACCUAAGGGUAACGCAGCCCCACGUGUCACCAAGUUCCUGUCUCUGGAUAAAUGUCUCCCCUACAGAGAGUUUUUGCAGAUUGUUGAUAUUCCAGACAGAUCGAGUUCAUCUGAAGGUCUGGAAUAUGACCCAGAGUGGUUUGCUGUUCUGAAAGCCACCAACAGUUUACAGGUGACCACUCCUCAGCGCUGGAACCCGCCAGAGAACAACGGCUUGCACGAACGGUGGGACUUCAGAGCUUCGGAGGCGGAUAUGAUGCAGGUGAUGGAGGAUCUCAGCGGGGAACUCAGCAUUCCAGACAACUUCAGCCGUACCGUCCUGCCGUACGACCCCGGCCACCCCCAGCCACACGCCCCCCCGAGCUACAACACCAACCCACAAACGACAGAGCUCUGCACCAAGCUGGGCCUCACAGACAUCUACUGUAAGGUCGGACAGAGAGGCGACGACGCAGGCAGGUCCCAGAGCGCCACCAGGGAGGACGAGGAUGAAAGUCUAGAUGAACCCAGCGAUUAUCCAACGGAUACUUCAGGGUUGUCCAGUUCUUUUAACCCUGAUGAGAUCACCAUCGAAGACGAGUGGGAAGAGGAGGAGGAGAAAGGAGCAAAGGCGGACCUGCCCUCAGAUACCCACACCCCCAGUCGGAUGGUCCUGCCAGAGCCCAAAUCUACCAUCUCCCCCUCUGUCCUAAUGGACCUGCCCCCCCCCUCCCACUCUACCCCCAGAGCUCUUCCCGCUCAGCCAGAGGGCGAACAGGAAGGACGGUGCGGUGACGAGGAGGCCGCCGCUCGCAUCCUGAAGCGGAGCAGCGGCGAAGCGGGAAGCAGGAACACGACUCCGAUAAUCAAACGCAGGAACCAGCUCAUUUACCAGACCACGGACGAUGACGAGUGUGAGGGUUAGAACGCAGGAAACGGACUUCUUUAUUAAGAUGUCAUUUUAUGUGUUUAAACAGAGCCAGAUCAUUUUAGAAAACAGGUUGAAUUUCAGUUAUUUUUGGUAAUAGGAAAUUCUCAUUUAAUGGGAAAGAUUAAAAAAGCUGAAAAAAUUUUUUUAUUUUAUUUUUUUUAGAAUAAUCCACUAAAACAAAAAAGUCAAUUGUGGCUGUUAGAAACAGUAUUUUCAAUGCAGUACGGCUGAACCAUCAGCCAUACUGAUUUUUUUUUACAUUUUUCAGCAAAAUAUGAAUAAAUUUUAAUAAGGAACUUGCAAAUAAAUUUCUCUCACUAUCCUAA